AUGGGUGUUUACGGUCUUUGGCGUUUACUAGAUGCAACAGGAAAGCAGGUUCCAUUGGAAACGCUCGAAGGAAAAGUUUUAGCUAUUGACAUCUCCAUUUGGAUGCAUCAAGUAUUGCAAGGAUAUCAAGACCGUUUUGGAAAUCCUAAGCCUAAUGCACAUCUAAUUGGAUUGUUCAAUAGAAUUUGUAAGCUGUUGUAUUAUAAAAUUAAACCUGUAUUCGUUUUUGAUGGAGGUGUACCAAUGCUAAAGAAGGAUACAGUUGCCUUGCGCAGGAAGCAGAAAUCUGUGGCCAAGAGUAAAGCUCAACAGAUGAGGACAGAAUUAAUAAAUAACUUGAUGAAACACAAUGCGGUAAAAACAGUUCUCAAUACAGAGGAACAAAAUGUUACAAAUAACUCUACAGAAGUAAUUUUGAACAUGCAAAAUAAAGAUUCUACAGAUGAUAUCUUCAAAUUACCAGACAUGCCAAGCACGAGCAAAGCAGAAUUAAGUCUCAGCGACGAUUAUGAUUCAGAUUCGUCUAUUGAUCUGAGUCCGCGAAAACAAUCGAAAUGGAUUGGAAAUAUUCAUAACGUGAAUGUCGCCAGCGCUGAAUUUAAAGCGUUACCAGCUGAUGUGCGUUACGAAAUUCUCACUGACCUGAAGGAAACAAGAAAACAGAAUUCAUGGGGUCGUUUACACGAGAUGCCCGAAGAAUCGAAUAAAUUUUCUGGCUAUCAAAUGCAACGUCUACUGAAACGUAGAUUAGUGCAACAGAGUUUAGAGUCGGCCGAAAAAGAAAUGGGAGGAAAGACACUGACGUUGGAGGAAUUAGACAAAUUAUUAACCGAGCAGGGUAUAGAUACCAGCGGUUGCAAUUGUACUUACCGUGUCGCCGCCGAUAGUACAACUAGAUUAGUUUAUAUUAGUGAUAAAAAUGCCUAUAUUAAAAGCAUUAGUAGCAGCGAAAAUUCAAAUACUGAGAGUAUUGCAACUAAUGCAGACAAGGUGGUAGAACCUGUUGCUGGUUCUAGUAAAGAUGUACCAAUAUGCGAAGAUAUGAACGAAUACGAACUAGACGAUGAAUGGGACAGCGACAUUGAAAUAACGACUACGAGCUGUUCCAACCUGGCUGCGGAAGAACGAAGUAGCGAGACAGAAUCGGAAAUAGAAUUAAACGAAUCACCAGCCCUGUCUAAGAAGUAUUAUGGAAAAAAUACUAUGAAUCCUGCGCUAACAUAUAUGUUGGAGCAUAGCGGAUUAACAGAAAAUCAAAUUCUUACAAUUCUUGAACAGAAUAGAGAGGAGGAAAGCAAAAAUACAAAAUGUAGCUUAAAGGCCACGCAACAGAAUAGAAAGGAGGAAAGUGAAAAUACAAAAUGUUGCUUAAAGGCCACGCAGGAAAUAGAGCCUGUUGAAGCACAAGAUGACAGUAAAGAGUUGACACAGGUAAAUUAUACAGAAGCUGCAGAACCGUUAGAUAAUUUAGUGAUUAAAUUUCCAGGCUCAAAUAUAAAAACCGAUAGCAGUUUAUUGCGUGCUGUCAAUUCAAACAUUUCAAAUGCCAAUGAAAGGAAAACAGAAGAAGUAACGAUAAUCAGUUCAACAGAUUCGGAUUCAGAUUUUGUGGAAAUAGAAGAUGUACCGACGUUAAUCUUGGACCCUGUUGUUAAGAAGAAUGUUCCUCGACAAGGAAUUCAAAUAAUGUUUAGAUCUGAUCAAAACAUAGAAGAUGAUAUGUUUGCAGACGUGUUCCGAGCGGCAACUAAUGAAUCGAAAUGUGAAAUAGCAGAAUCAAUGUCUGAAAACAUAUCAGAGACCAAUGAGUGUUCCGAGAACUUAGAAAGAAGUUCACCCAAGCGUCUAAAGGCAAUGGAAGAUAAAGCUGUUCCAGAUGAAGCAAUUGUAGAAACGAUAGAAGACAAAGUUGAAGAUCAAUCCGCUGCAAGGAAAAUUAGUGAUGCGGUAGUAAUACCUACGGAAAAUACUACAGAUAUGCAGUUGGAAGAAAGUCCCAUAAAAGAGACGAGCAGUAUAGAAAAUACAAUUAAUUCUCCUGAAAGUAUUGCAGAGAUUACAAAUACAGAAGACAAUGCAAAUAUAAGCGCAUCGAUUGCGGAGUCGCGAAACAUCAGUCCUUUACCAACGAACGAAGAAGAACUUUUGUCAUUAAAAAUGCGAUUGGAAGAUGAACAAUCGGAGUUGAUGACAAACAUUGGUAAAUUAAAACGACAGGGCAUUGAUAUUUCUAACCAAAUAUGCAUCGAAGCUCAGGAAUUGUUACGAUUAUUUGGAAUACCAUACGUUGUAGCACCUAUGGAAGCAGAAUCCCAGUGCGCAUAUUUGGAACAAAUAAAUCUCACCGAUGGUACGAUUACAGACGAUUCGGAUAUCUGGCUGUUCGGAGGACAGUGCGUUUACAAAAAUUUUUUCGACAACAACAAAAAAGUGUUGCAAUAUCUUUCUCACGAUAUACAGCAUCAUUUCAAAUUAACGCGUAACGAAAUGAUACGACUUGCUCUGUUAGUCGGUAGCGAUUACACCACAGGUUUAACCGGUAUCGGUCCAGUUACGGCCUUGGAAAUAUUAGCAGCCUUCCCUUCGGAAGGUGACGAUUUAUUGCAAGGUCUAAUAAAAUUCUAUUCAUGGAUCGAAAGCGGUAGAUCUGCAGGCCCCGGAAGAACUGCUUUGCGAAACAAGUUACAAAACUUACAAAUACAGAAAGGGUUUCCGAGUCAAGCCGUCGUGCAGGCAUAUCUGUUUCCCAAGGUGGACGAAUCGAGGGAGGGCUUUACUUGGGGUAAACCGAAUACGAUAUUGUUGGCCAAUUAUACGAAACAGAAAUUCGGUUGGACCACCGAGAAAUUUAACGAAAUUAUAAAGCCCGUAUUGAAGAGGCUAGAGGAGAAACAGAGCCAGAAAUCGAUACAUACUUAUUUUAAGUUGCAAACUGUUCCGAAGCCGAUCGAUGUGAUGUUGAGCAAACGAGUGCAGAAAGCUGUGCACAGGUUAAACAAUCCGAAUACGGAAGAACCGUUAGAAGACAUGGAGAGCGCGUUACAACAAAUUGAGAAAAAGAAAUCGAUCGCGUCGAGCGAAAGUCGAAGGAAGAAACGAGCAUCGGGAAGCAUGCAAGAUGCAACAGAUUCCAGCAAGCCGAAAAUCUCGAAUCUAUCCGCGAGUGAUGAGAAGAACGUCGAGGAAUACAUACCGCAGAGGGAAAAGGAUAGAGCAGUGGCUUUAAAGAAAAAAUUGAAUGCCAUCGAAGUACUAAGGAAGUCGAAGCAAGGAUUAAAUAAAACGAAGAAAGUGAGACGUUGCGUAAGGAAAGUGAAACAAGAUGCUGGACUCUCGGAAAGCGACAGUAGCUCCUAAUGUUAUUUAUAAUACUGCUGUUAUUGAACUGCCCACGUGUAUCAAUCGUGUAUAAUAAAUAUAUUGAUGAAUAUUCGUUACUGUAGAACGGUAAAUAUUAUUCAUACAAAAACAUUAAACACCACAGAUUUGUAAAUGCGUCAUGUUAAAUAAAUUAUUUUUUUAUAAUA